UUAGCCUUUUAAGCCAUUGUGGAAGUUUUUAGAAAGAAAAUUAAUGAGCAAGAAAUUCCCCAUCUAGUGGGUUUCCGCUAUAUAGACAUCCACGCCAGCCUACCAUCAUGUUGAUGGGCAUUAGGCAGAGUUUUUGGCUUAUCAUGAACCUCUUUAUAAUACAAUUACCAAUUUAGAUUUGAAUGGAAAAAUUAUUAUUGUUUUUGUGAGCGUUUUUAGCCAGCAUGGACAGCAGCCCCAACUAAGUUCUUACAGCUAAAAUGCACCUAGGCCAUAUAAAUUACCACAAAUUACAGAUAAGCAUCUUACGGUGGCGUGCCUGUAAUUAUUACCAUAAUAAUGGCACAUUUGUAAUGGAUUAUCAUUCACUCCACAUUUCCCAAUGAUGAUUCUACCCUCUCUAUAUAUACACUCAGCAUUCCACGCAUAGAGAGUGUGGCUCUGAAUCAAAAACUGAUGUCAAGAUUCAAGUGUUCAAGAAACCCAGGAGGAAUGCUGCGGAUGUGGUGGUGGUGGUGGCUGAUGGCGGCAGCAGCAGCGAUGGUGGGAGGGUGUGAGGCGAAUCUCAUCAAAGUUGGCGGCAAACAGGGAUGGGGACCUAAUGUUAAUUACACAGAAUGGGCCAAGAACAAGCACUUCUACGUUGGAGACUGGCUUUAUUUCAUCUUCGACAAGCACUACUUCACUGUUUUUGAGGUGAACGAGACAAACUAUGAGAGAUGCAGUGAGCAGGAGUUCAUCACAAAUAUCACCAAGGGUGGGCGAGAUGUCUUCAACCUCACACACCCAAGGCCAUACUACUUCCUCAGCAGUGGAGGCUACUGCUGGCAUGGAAUGAAGCUUGCCAUCAAUGUCACCCACAUGCCUGCUCCCGCCCCUUCUCCCUCCAAAAGCAAUGCUCCUCCAUCAGCCUCCUCCCCCACCCCCAUCAUCCUCUCCAUUGCCUUGCUCUGCCCUCUCCUCUUCAAGUUCUUCUUCCAUGCUUGAUUCCAAAUAAAUACCAUGUUCUGAAACAGAUUGUUUAGCAUAUUAUGGGUAAAUGGUGUGAAUCAUUGAACAAAUGGAAUGAGUUUUUUUUUUUUUUUUUGGUUUUCUAAUGAAAGUCGCAUUGAUUUCAGAUUCCAGAUUCUGUGUGUGAAAGUAGUGUAAAGUAGGUUAACAGGCAGUUGGGUGGAUGAGCAAAAACAGAAUUUGAAAGCAGGCCAAUUUGAUUCAGUUGCAGAUGUGGUGGUGACUGAUGAGAUAUGGUAUAAUUAUUGCGGCUUCUCUUUUACAAUUAUGGUGAAGAUAGAAUGAAAGAUGGGCUGGAAGCCGUUGAAAGAGAUGCGUCGAUCAGAUGGAUAACUUUAUUGAGAAAAUAAAACAUGUCUAAUGCAGUAUGAUUUGAACCUUGAUACGUUUUUAGGUUGAAUAUCCUGGCCUUCAUUAAAUUCAUAUAAACUCGCACAACCCAUUUUGACCCCUGUUUGAUUUUCAAUCAAUAAGUUAAAUUAAGUCAUGUGAA